CCUCUAUUAAGGAGGAUAAUUUCAGCUAUUAUUGGCUUGGCAAAGAGUCUAGACACAAUAGAACAGCCAGGGUCCCAUUCAAGGGAAAAUCUGACCUUAUCUACACGUAGCUCACUGCUACCGAAGACUUUUGCAACACAUUGCUGUUUACUGCCACCGAACCAUGCAUCUCUCAGUUGGUAUUGACAUUAAAAGCAGCACAGCCACAAUAAAACGCGGAGACAUAAUACUUGUUGAUGGAUUUCAAGGUGUUAGUUCUAUUCAGACUGCAAUGACAGAUCAAAACAAAAAUUAAAGAGGGAGUCCCGUCUAGGAGUGAGUGAAACCUGUUUCGAUUUAAAUUACGCCACCUACGUGCAUGGACUUGUAGUAACUCUCCCCAACUCCUAUUUUGAUUGGUUUAAAGUUUCCAGAAUGGGCGGAGUCUGCCUGCCGUAAAAGCCUCGCUCGCUUGAAAGUUUUUGAAACUUCCCCAAACCUUUAGGACUAUCUACGGGCGCGCUCUUAAUCAAGGACUAAAAUUGGAUCCACGCCUUCAACCAAUAAAGAUUAUUACUAAAAUCUAGUUGCAAGCAGAAAUUUGUGUCGAACCCGUUUAACAUCGACGAUGCAGGCGCGUUACCCAGUGUCAGACCCUAAUGCUCUAGGAGUGGUGCCUUAUCUGAACGACCAAAAUUAUUAUCGAGCCGCCGGCAGUUAUGGCAGCAUGCCCACCCCGAUGAGCGUGUACACGGGACACGAUCAGUAUUCUUCAGGUAUGGCGAGAACUUACGGACCCUACCAUCACCACCAACAGCCGGCUCCCAAAGACCUGGUAAAGCCUCCUUACAGCUACAUCGCCCUGAUAACCAUGGCAAUCCAGAACGCGCCAGAUAAGAAAAUUACUCUCAAUGGGAUCUAUCAGUUUAUCAUGGAUCGCUUUCCAUUUUACCGUGAAAAUAAACAGGGCUGGCAGAAUAGCAUCCGCCACAACUUAUCUCUGAACGAGUGUUUUGUUAAAGUGCCACGGGAUGAUAAAAAACCCGGUAAAGGGAGCUACUGGACGCUGGAUCCAGAUUCUUACAACAUGUUUGAGAACGGCAGCUUUUUGCGGAGAAGGAGGAGAUUUAAGAAAAAAGACGCGAUCAAGGAUAAGGAAGAACGAGACCGCCAGCAGAAAGACCAGAAAGGCAUUCCAACCCCCGUUUCACAGACGGACACCUCUAAGGACAAUAUGGAAAAAAAAGUAGUGGUUAAAAAAGAAGCCGUAUCCCCCGGCAUGCCUGUCAUCACCAAAGUCGAGAGUUUAGAGAGCCCGGACAACAACAGUAUGAUGCAAGACAGUCCCAGAAGUGUUGCCUCAACGCCGUCUGUUUCCACAGAAAGUUCCAUCCCUGACCACAACCCCCCAAACAACAGCCUAUCCGGCUUCAGUGUGGAAAAUAUUAUGACAUUAAGGACAUCUCCUCAAGGAGAACUUAACCCAGUAGCUGUGCCCACCAGCAGAACUGGCAUGGUUUCCACGUUGCCGGUAAAUUACGCUCAAACGCCACAAUCUAUCUACAGCCAAACGUGCAGUCAAAAUAUAGACUCGAGUGGAAGUUACCAUUGCAGUAUGAGAACCAUGAGUCUGUACGCGGGGGACAGGAACAAUCAUAUGUUGGUGCCCACCAGCCUGGAUGAUGCCAUAUCAGAUCAUUCCGUGAGCACCAGUACCUCGCUGAACGCCAUGAAUCUCAGCACGGCGCAGGAAGGAGUCUUAACCUCCAGCCACCAUCAGCAAGCCGGGGGCGCAGGGCAAGCCGCUUCCUGGUACAUGAACCACGGAGCUGAUCUCAAUCACCUCCCCGGCCACACGUUCGGCGGCCAGCAACAGACAUUCCCUAAUGUGCGGGAGAUGUUCAACUCCCACCGACUCGGCAUUGAGAGCUCAGCCCUCAGUGACCAUCAGCCUUUCUGAAGAUGUAGGGCAGGGCUAUGUGAGCAAAGUGUUCGCACGAUGCAGAAUGUACUGGGCAAGAAGGAAGCAGGAGGCAACUUCCAGAGAGUGGCAACUCAACCCCUCACUCCCCUGUCUUGUCCAGACAUCUGAGAAAAUACUUGAAAACCCCAAUGUUUAUUGUGCUACUAUCAAAGCUCCUUACGUGUGUGGGUCCAGGAGCUUGACUCUAUGAGGAAUUGAGAAUAGCCUUCAACUCCCCCACCCCCGCAGCUUCAUUAGCUGAUCUGCAUAGUUACUGAAAUAUGACAGGCAAAUCAAGCAAUUAACAAAAGUGUGGGCUUCCUGGGUGCACAUGGUGGACCAUUGUGUUUUUCUGCUGGGGUACAUCUUCUUGUACAUUCAAGUAAGUGAUAGAUACUUCUGUUGUAAAACUGAACAGAGUUCCUUAUUAAUACAGCAAAAUAAAGCCUCAACAGCCAAUAUCAAAAAGAUACCUUUCACAAAAGUACAUGACAAAAAAUUUAAACAAGCAAAGAACCUCAUAUAUAUUAAAUGCAUGCCUCCUAUAUUCAAUCAUUUCAAUAUUUCACUGUAAACAUUAAAUAGCUUUUUACAAUGCAACAAAUUUCUCAUCGAUCUAUAUCCAUAAAUCAGAAAGUAUAUUUUAUUUAAUUUUCCAUCAGAUUUGAAAGUUGAAAGGAAUUUCAACAGAUAUGUUCAAUUGCAAUCAAAUGGUAAAUAGAUUUUGUGAAGAUGGAUUCCCAGCCUGAUUUGAAUACUGAUAUUUGUCAGAUUUUCCUGAAUUAUCGACGUAACUACCUUGGCUCGGUACGCAGUGCCCUUGCUUCUAUGUUGCAAUGCUGUAGACUGAGGUGAUUAUACAACUGCAGUUUAUACUCCAAUGAACUCCCCAUACUGGAGUAUUAACCUUGGAUGCUACUGGCUUUUUUUUGUUAAUUUGAUAGAUAUUUCCAAUAUGAUGGCCCUAUCUGAAGCACUGAGAGUUUGUGCUAUAAUCUGGCCAAAAACUUUUUAUAUUAUCUGUGAUAUACUGAAAGGCAAUUUUGCAGCUGGAGGAGGUCCUUAAAAAUGGAUGUCACUUUUUUGAUGCAUUGCCUCUUGAAAAUGUCUUUGAUGUCUUUGUUGGUGAUGGUGGUAAAUGAAUUGUUGUUAUUGAUUGUGAUUGGCAAAUUGUUUUACUUAUGCUCUAGGUAAAGAUAAAAGUCCACCUAGUUUUCUAUUCAGGGGAGAAAAAUAGAAAAUAUGGAUAUGAUAUCACAUGCUAUUUAUCAUAGAUGCAUGAUAGGUUGGGGCAGCAUGGUAGCGGAACACUAUUACCUUGGAAAAGAAGGGCCUGCUACCCUGCUGUAUCACUAAAUAAAAAAAAUCUUUCUUAUUGCUGCACAUGUAAGGAUAAAUUAAGGGACUUACAAUUAACUCUGUAAUUUCUCAUAGAAGGUUUUAAAACUUUAAAUUAGUUGUAAAAAAUUGUGGGUGACAUGUGGAAUCACACAAGAAUUUUUUUCCCCUCAAGCUAUUGGCUUUAGUUCAGAGGGAUUCAUGUAUUUUUGAGAUGCUCAGUGUACUGUGGAAUGGUGUGACACAUAAGGAAAUCAAUUCACAGCAUAAUUAUCAUAAUAAUUACCCCUUUGCUUAUACUGUCAUCACUGAGACUGUAUGUGCAUCGCUGAAGUAUAUACUAAGUUAUAUAUGAAACAAUGAUGAAAUAGUAAUGUACUAAAAGCACCAAUUCAUCUCUUGGUUUUGAUGUCCAUCUGUGGAUUUAGGUUAAUUCUCAUAGUUUAUGCAACCAUCAGCAUUGCUUGAUUUAACCUUUGCCUUAAAUCAGAAAUUGAAUAUGUGUGUAAUACAGAAAAGACCAGCAGUGCUUAAUUGUAGAGGCCUCUCAAGCUGUUAUUGAUGGCUGCACGUAAUUGAGUGAUCUCUGGGUCUUUCGCUCCAGUCAGUGCUGACAGUAUAAACAAACAUGUGAGCAUGCAGUGGACAUUUACACUGAACACCAUUCUUGCCUGCUCAGCUUUUUAAAAAAUUGAAAUUCUUCACAUUAAACUAAUUAACACCUUUGUUGACUGUGUAAACAACAUAAAACACUGCAACUUGAAUGCCAUGCCAUUGCAUGCACACCAUCUCUAUUGAGUCUCAUCUAUUUGGCCUAUAUGGUACCUAGCUUGCUUGCAAACUGCUUUGAUGUACAUUGUAUAUAAUGCUAUAUUUAUACUAGUGGUACUGGUUUGGGACAAUGUUGAACAUUCAGCACUGAUUUAUAUUGUUCAUUUAUCAGCACGCUGCUGUCAGGAGAACAUAGAUACAACCAUAUUAAACAUAUCUACAGAGCUUUGUUUGAGGGCACGUAAUUACCAGUGACAUUCCUUAUCUUAAUUAGAGACCUAAAGGUGUCGGCAAAACUCAUUUAUUUUACUUAAAGUUUAGAGUUCAAAACAGUUGUAUUCCAAAGGGAGAAUAUUUAAUCAGUCAAAGUUCCUAGUGCUCUCCCUGUUCUGUUAAAGUGCCCCAGACAAGUCAAGUCACUUUUUAUUUUCAUUUUGACCAUUUUCUGUGUUUGUUUCAGAUUUACAGCAUCUGCAGCAUUGAAAAAAAUGUCAACAGUUCCUGCUUCUUGUUAUCGCAUGUGUGUGGGGAACAGAGGGGAAAAUAGCAAAUCUGGGAGGACAAGUUCAAAUCAGCCCUGCUGUCCUUGACUUUUUUGGUGGUGGAUACUGGAGGCAUUUGAGAGGGAGGCUACAAGAAAAAGAUGUCUUAGCAAUUACAUUAAUUGUCCCUAUUCUUUCUUAGCUGUCGCUAGCAAGACUGAAGUUUGUUCCUCACUGUUAGUCCCCCUCAAACUGGUGGUGGUGGUCAUCUUCAGUCCACAGAUUCUCCUACAGUAAUAUUAUAAAUCAUGGGCUCCUGGAUUUGAUGGAUCAUAUAUAAAGGGAUCUUUAUUUAUGAUCUCCUGUAUCCAUCCUUAAUAUGUUUGGUAAUAUGUUUGGUAAUAAGUCUUAAUGCAUAGUCCCCAAACUGGGGUCCACUGAACUUUCAGUUAAUGGUGGGGCUCCAUGGCAUAAAAAAAUGAUAGGAACCACUGUCUUAGUGGAUUUUUUUUGGUGCAUCGGAUGGCCAAUGCAUCCCAGAGCUAUUGAAAGCUGCUGUUGAGGGAAGUAGGUAUUGAUAGAAUUAUGAUUUGUUUUGACAAUGUAAAGUUGACAGGUUGGAAAUGCACAACUGCAGAUUAUUUCAUUGUAUCCCUGACAUGAGUCUUAUUGGUGGGUAUAUAAAUUUCAGGUCCUUCGGAGAUUAUUAUAAAAGGAAACAGAGUCUGUUUGCACAGUCUCGGUCUACACAUAAUAGAAGGCCCAUUUACUAGAGGCAGUUAGCAUCCAGAAUCCAUGUUAAAAAGAGUCAACUUCUUCAAAGGAAGAGACCUUUUACUCCACUGAGGAAAAAAGGUAGGGAAUAGGAAAAUAUAAUAGACCCACAUACAAUACAUUGUCUACAUAUGUCUAUUUAUCAAUGACCUUCAUAGUAUUUUCCUCUUUACAUCCAACUUAAUCUUGCAACAUUUGACCCACAAUUGUUGAAUUCAGAUUUUUAAAAAUUAAUUUUCAUCUUUUCUUUUUUCUAUUUUAUUUAUAAUAUUCAAAUUUGCACUUAUAUUAUAUAAAAAGCCCAAAAUCAAAUCAGAACUUAUACCAGAGUCACUGCUUAAUUCUUCUCUCCAUAUCUGCCUUGAAACCCUUUCUCUUUGCAUUGUUCCAGCAGCCACUGAGUACUUCUGGAUCAUAUUGCUUCUGCUGUGAGUUAUUUAUAGCAACACAUUCAUCCAUCAAGGCACUUCAAAGUAACAACUUACUUUCUUGGCAAGCCAGCAUAAACUCAGCUAAAGAUGAUGCUUGCAAGAAAUGUAGCAUAUUUUUGUUGCUAGUCAAAAGUUUUUCCUUUGACUUAUUUGGGAAAAUGAUGUGUACAGCUUGGAGCACAGAGCUAAGUGCAAAAGUGAGCAGGCCACUUUUGCUUGUUAGGUUCAAGGUUAAGUAAUUGGCAGCUGAAAGAUGAAAGGGUUACUGUAAGAUUGCAACAGGUUAUAGAUCUUAUUUAUUCCUGAUGAAGGAUCAUGGCCCAAAAUGUUGACGCUUUACUUCUUUCCUCAGAUGCUGCCUAACCUACUGUUCCUCCAGCAUUUUGUGUGUAAUUUAUUGUUAAUAUGCUCAUUAACAAUGCCACUAUUAAGCAGAAACAUUAUAAGUUAUAAAAUCCUCUCGUGUAAUUACACAGUUAACAUCAUUAUAUUAAUUUAUUGUGUGUUCCAAACCAGAUAUUUGUGUCCAAAGUGUAUUGAAAUUGCACAAAUAAUAAAGAACUCCCUUUA